AAUUAAUCGAAGCGCGUCUCAGCAGACAUGGUAUCCUACCUACCUGGUUGAAGCACAAGUUUCCACAACGGCAGGAAACCAAAACGCCUUUCGAUGUCGCAUUAAGCUUCACAAUUCCAAACGUACUGGAAAUCAACGGCCGCCAACAUGUCCUCUCGACCAGAGCUGAAGGUCGACGAUGAACAUGGAUUUAUCCGCUUCUUCAAGUCCCUGCCCGCCGUGGGCGAAGAUGUAAUCCGCAUCUUCGAUCGAGGCGACUGGUACACAGCACACGGCGAGAAUGCCAACUUCAUUGCGCGAAUCGUCUACAAGACAACUUCGGUUGUGAGGCAGCUCGGCCGCGAUGAUCACACCGGCUUACAAUCCGUCACCAUGACGGUGACCGUCUUCCGCCAGUUCCUUCGCGAGGCCCUCUACAAGCUUGGCAAACGGGUCGAGAUCUGGGCGAGCCCCAAUGGCCGCAUGAAUUGGAAGAUGGUUAAACAAGCUUCGCCCGGAAACCUACAAGACAUUGAGGACGAUCUGGGCAGUUUGGGCGAUGCAGCACCCGUUAUCCUGGCAGUCAAGAUUUCGGCCAAGGCAUCCGAGGCUCGGGCCGUCGGUGUGUGCUUCGCGGAUGCCAGCGUCAGGGAGCUCGGCGUCAGCGAGUUUCUCGACAAUGACCUCUAUUCCAACUUUGAGGCCCUACUGAUUCAGCUUGGUGUCAAGGAGUGUCUAAUCCAGAUGGAGAAGGCAGAUAAGGAAAAGGAUUCGGAGCUGGCGAAGUUGAGGCAGAUCAUCGACAACUGCGGCGUUGCCAUAUCGGAGCGGCCAGUCGGAGACUUUGGCACCAAGGACAUCGAGCAAGAUCUGGCGAGACUGUUGAAGGACGAGAGGUCUGCCACCCUGCUGCCGCAGACCGAUCUGAAACUUGCUAUGGGCUCAGCAGCCGCCCUCAUCAAAUACCUCGGUGUCCUUCACGAUCCCUCCAACUUCGGCCAGUAUCAGCUCUACCAGCAUGACCUUGCCCAGUUCAUGAAGCUCGAUGCAGCCGCACUUAAGGCCCUCAACCUCAUGCCCGGCGCAAGAGACGGUGCCAAGAACAUGAGCCUGUUUGGCCUGCUCAACCACUGCAAGACACCAGUCGGCAGCAGGUUGCUGGCCCAGUGGCUGAAGCAGCCCCUGAUGGACAAGACUGAGAUUGAGAAGCGCCAGCAGCUUGUCGAAGCAUUUGCCAACGACACAGAGCUCCGCCAGACCAUGCAGGAGGAACAUCUACGGUCUAUCCCCGAUUUGUACCGCUUGGCAAAGCGUUUUCAGCGCAACAAGGCGAACCUGGAAGAUGUUGUCAGGGCAUACCAGGUUGUCAUCCGGCUGCCGGGCUUUCUCGGUACGUUGGAAGGAGUCAUGGAUGAAGCCUACCGCGACCCUCUGGAUGAGGCAUACACCAACAAACUCCGCGAAUUGUCCGACAGCCUAGCCAAGCUGCAAGAGAUGGUCGAGACAACCGUCGACCUUGACGCUUUGGAUAACCACGAGUUCAUCAUCAAGCCCGAUUUUGACGACAGCCUGCGCAUCAUCCGCAGGAAGCUGGACAGGUUACGAACCGAUAUGGACAGGGAAUUUGCCGAUGCAGCAGGCGACCUGGGCCAGGAGAAGGACAAAAAGAUCUUCCUCGAAAACCACAAGGUCCACGGGUGGUGCAUGCGGUUAACCCGGACAGAAGCCGGCUGUAUUCGGAACAAGUCCCGGUACAUGGAGUGCUCGACACAGAAGAACGGCGUCUACUUCACGACGAAGACCCUACAGGGGUAUCGCCGCGAGUUUGACCAGCUGUCUCAGAAUUACAAUAGGACCCAGAGCGGCCUGGUUAACGAGGUCGUCGGCGUGGCUGCCUCCUACAGCCCCGUCCUCGAGCGGCUUGCCGGCGUCCUAGCCCAUCUGGACGUGAUCGUGUCCUUCGCACACUGCGCCGUCCACGCCCCUAUCUCCUACGUCCGGCCCACGAUCCACCCUCGUGGAGAAGGCCAAACUAUCCUGACUGAGGCGCGCCACCCCUGCCUGGAAAUGCAGGACGACGUCCAGUUCAUUACCAACGACGUCGAGCUGACACGCGACAAGUCUUCCUUCCUCAUCAUCACGGGGCCCAACAUGGGCGGCAAGUCGACCUACAUCCGCCAGAUCGGCGUUAUCGCCCUGAUGGCGCAGAUCGGCUGCUUCGUGCCCUGCAGCUCGGCCGAGCUGACCAUCUUCGACAGCAUCCUGGCGCGCGUCGGUGCCAGCGACAGCCAGCUCAAAGGGGUGUCCACCUUCAUGGCCGAGAUGCUCGAGACGGCAAACAUUCUCAAGUCAGCGACGGCCGAAAGCCUCAUCAUCAUCGACGAGCUGGGCCGCGGCACGUCGACCUACGACGGCUUCGGCCUCGCCUGGGCCAUCUCGGAGCACAUAGUCAAGGAGAUUGGCUGCUUCGCCCUCUUCGCCACCCACUUCCACGAGCUGACCGCCCUGGCCGACAGCUACCCGCAGGUGCGCAACCUGCACGUCACGGCCCACAUCAGCGGGACAACAACCAACAGUAAGAAAGACGACGACGAGAAGCGCGAGGUCACGCUCCUAUACAAGGUCGAGCCGGGCGUCUGCGACCAGAGCUUCGGCAUCCACGUUGCCGAGCUGGUGCGCUUCCCGGACAAGGUGGUCCGCAUGGCCAAGCGCAAGGCCGACGAGCUCGAGGACUUUACGACGUCCCACCACCAUCACAACAAGCACGAGACCGACGACCCCAUCGUGGCCCCUACUUCCGCCACCAAGUACAGCAAGCGCGACGUCGAGGAGGGCAGCGCCCUGCUUAAGGACGUGCUGGUCCGCUGGAAGGAUGAGGUCCGCGGCGGCGCCAUGUCCAAGGCGGACAUGGUUGCGAGGCUGAGGGAGAUGGUUGGGAAAGAGGAGAAGUUGUUGGCGAAUCCGUUCUUUCAGAGUGUAAAGACGUUGUGAACUGCUGGAUGGGGUGUGCAGAGAUUAGCUCUACGUGUCUGGCUGGUGAUGUGAUGCUUUUCGAUCCUGAAGGAAGUUUGCUGUCGGGAAAGCGGAUUUUCUACGGACUUUGGCAAUGGCGGAAACAUGGCUUGGAGGGUUGCUAGGCGUUGAGGGUUGGAGCGCAUAAGUAUGUAAUAGCUGUCUAGUGCAAUACGACUGCUGUACCGU